GGUACCUGCUCUUCCGGGACUUUGCCUUUAACCAGGCGGAGGAGGCCAAACCCCUGAUGGAGUUUUAUGAAGAGAUCAAGAAGUACGAGAAGCUGGACUCAGAGGAGGAGCGAAGCACCCAGACCCGCCACAUCUUUGACCAUUACAUCAUGAAGGAGCUGCUGGCCUGCUCCCAUCCCUUCUCCAAGAGUGCCACGGAGCACGUCCAGAGCCACCUGAGCAAGAAGCAGGUGCCCCCAGACCUCUUCCAGCCCUACAUUGAGGAGAUCUGCCAGAACCUGCGUGGGGGCAUCUUCCAGAAAUUCAUCGAGAGUGACAAGUUCACGCGGUUCUGCCAGUGGAAGAACGUGGAGCUGAACAUCCAUCUCACCAUGAAUGACUUCAGUGUUCACCGAAUCAUCGGCCGCGGCGGUUUCGGGGAAGGAUUGCCAUGGCUACGGGUCUCUGAGGGAUACAGGGACGUCAUGGCCGUGGGUGGUAGCUGGAUGCGGUACGCCAUGAAGUGUUUGGACAAGAAACGCAUCAAGAUGAAGCAGGGCGAGACCCUGGCCCUCAACGAGCGCAUCAUGCUGUCUCUCGUCAGCACCGGGGACUGCCCGUUCAUCGUCUGCAUGUCCUACGCCUUCCACACGCCCGACAAGCUCAGCUUCAUCCUCGACCUCAUGAAUGGGGGAGACCUGCAUUACCACCUGUCUCAGCACGGUGUCUUCUCGGAGGCAGAGAUGAGGUUCUACGCUGCUGAGAUCAUCCUGGGCCUGGAGCACAUGCACAGCCGCUUCGUGGUGUACCGUGAUCUCAAGCCGGCAAACAUCCUUCUGGAUGAGUUUGGGCACGUCCGCAUCUCAGAUCUGGGCCUGGCCUGUGACUUCUCCAAAAAGAAGCCCCACGCCAGCGUGGGCACCCACGGGUACAUGGCCCCCGAGGUACUGCAGAAAGGGGUGGCGUACGACAGCAGCGCCGACUGGUUCUCGCUGGGCUGUAUGCUCUUCAAGCUGCUGCGGGGG